CAAAACAAUAACAACUAAAACAUGUCUGGUGAUUUCAUUUUUAUAAAAUAUUCCGAAUUAGUCUUUUUUUUUUUUUAUAGAUUUUUUAGAGUAAAUGUAAAAACUGCUACGGUGACGGGAAUGGUACGGUUUUAGCAAGAUAAGAGAAUCGAUUAAUGGUAAGGUCGAGACGGUUGCUAUAGCGAUUAGUAAAUAUAUCCCGAUGGCGAAUCGGCUGAUAACACCGAACAACACAUUGAUAAAGUUCUCACAUCCUGUAUUGGUAGAAGACAAAGAGAGUUAUUUCGCCACUGGUAUAAAGGAUCCAAAAAAAUGUCGUAUCGAAAAUAAAACUGUUCCGAUACACGCCAUAUUGAACUGUAUUGUCAAACCGAGGCUUUAUCAUUAUAGUAAUCAGCUUUGGAAGCAAGAGGUUUCUCCCGAGCCGGCAACAAGAACCGAUGUCGAGAAGUUGUCUGAAAACUUGGACGCACGAUUGGCCGACAGACAGGCGAGGGAGUCCGGCCUUUGUCCAAUCAGGAAUCAGCUCUACCAGGAGGCCUUCAGUGAACUGAUCCGACAGGUCACGGUGAGCUGCGGAGAACGAGGCAUCCUUCUCUUGCGGGUCCGGGACGAAAUGCAGAUGACUCUCAAGGCCUACCAGACACUCUACGAGAGCAGCAUCGCCUUCGGGAUCAGGAAGACAUUGUUGGCUGAAGAAGGCAAAGAAAGAAUGCAUGAAGAAAUAAAAACGAAAAAAGAAGAAAUACAGGUUUUUGGAGAAAAACUGAACGCAAUGCAACAGAAAUACACGAUGAUGGAAAGGAGAGCUGAGGAACUAAGGGAGGCGGAACAGAGGAAGCACCAGGAAGAGAUCGCUUUCCUGAAGAAGACGAAUGCACAACUUAAGAGCGAACUACUUGACGUUGAGUUAGGAAAAUAUGAAGAAAUUAUAGAAGAAGGAGCAGAGGAAGAAGAAAUAGAAGAAGAAUCAGAUUUUGAGAUUUAAAAUUGUUUUUAAAAUCUAAUAAAAUAAAAUUUAUUUAUGAUUUUUAUGUUUUGUUGAUUAAAUAUAAAAAACUAAGGUGUGUGCUUUAGACCACACAAAGAAGUGAAAACAAGGAGAGAUUAAUAAUAUGAAAUAUAAAUUAUAAUUAAUAGCUCAUUACAGAGAGGAUGAAAUGCUGAACAAUUCCCUCACUUAUUAUAGUAUGCAGAUCCAUUUUUUGUUUUUGAGAUAGUUUAAUCCAUAUGCAAAAAUACUCAAUUAGUCGACUCCACUGACUUUACCUGAGCAUUACACAUCGAUGGCUCAAUCUAAUUCACUCUCUUCAAAAUAAGUACAAAACGUUCCUAAAGACGUUUUCCCUUCAGUAAUAAUAUAGAUGUAUUUCUCAUAAACGGCUUUAAUAAUUUUUAUUAAGCUCAUUAAACCAAUGAACAAUAAUUUUUUUAAUAAUAUUUUUGUUUUUAGUAAUAUCCUCGCAAUUCAUUUAUAUAGAUAUCCAUGUAUGCUCUUUUGUCUUAUUUCUUACAUUUUAUCAAAGGUGUUGUCCAGAGCUACUAUAGAUGGAGUAGAAUAGAAAAAUGAACUUUAUUCUGGGACUAAUUCAUCUUAGAAUAACAAUAAUGAACAAAUACAAAAGAAAAUACAUAUCUGGCCAAAAACUAACUUAAUGAAGAUUUAAAAAUAUUUUUUUAUACAUAACAACUCUGGAUAAAACCUUUGAUAAAAUGUAAGAAAAAAGAGCACACAUGGAAAAUAUAAAUGAACUACAAGGAUAGUUUUGAUGAUGGGGAAAAGAUCCGGAAUAUCAACUAUAAUUAAGAUGUAACCAAUAAAAAAUUUGUUUACAUUUAUGGAAGUUUAUAUUGCCAACCUCUGAAUUAAUUCAACAACUUCACAACAAAAGAAGAAAAGAAGUUCCUAUAUAAAAUAUCUUUGACAAUGUCAUCUGCUUAUUUCAUAAAAUCAUAAAGUACAUAACUUUGAAUUUCUACCACAUUUGCUGGUGCAAAUUAAUUGAUACAAAAUAACACAAAGUAUAUUAUCAUGUGUGAUAAAUUUUUGGGACACAAUCAUUAUAAAGUUUUUAUUAGUGCCGACGUUUCAACCCAAACAUGUGAUUCAUCAUCAGGGGAUGGUUCGAACACUGAGGGUGUUCAAGUACUGUACAAGUACUUUAUAAUGACUGCACCUAAUAUUUAUCAUCCAUCCAUGAUAUGUAGAACAGUCGACUAAAUUCCAUCAAAAACUCUAAUAUAUGUCUAAAAUACUUACACCAAGUACACAGUGUUUAAAUUUCGCCAAUAGAAAAUUGGUUAAAGUAGUUAGUGAUGCAAUCUUAUAAACUGACAUAUUGCCUAGAUAAAAGUACCAUAUUUUUUUAUUUUAAUCCUAAAAACUGAUUCUAUGUUUCAGGCCCAACUGGAAGCAAUAAUUGCUCCUAAAAAAUAAUACCUGCCAGCUGAUUCUACCAUAAAACUAAUUUUAAUUCCAUUAUCAUUGAACUCAUACAAUAGUUGUAUUUACAGAUAUAUAUCUUUAUCAUUAUAUAAUAAAUCUACUUUGUUUAUUAGAUAAGAAUAGAUACGCAAAUAUUUUCUGCACAUUAUUCUAUUCAUUAAAAGUAAACUACUGUUAUUAUAAUGUAACCAUUAAUUAUAUCAUAUCAUAAACAAAAGAUAGUGUUCAUUCACAAAACAGAUAAUAUGUAAAUAGUAAUAUGAUGUAUAGCUACUUUGUUAUUUCACUUAUAAUUUUAUUAAUUUGUUUUUUUAGCACUAAAAUUAUUCAAAUGUCCUUUAACUUGCUAAGUGGACUGUAAACUAAGACGGUCUUUUCUUUUUGUUAGUUUUAGAGUUCAGAUUAUUUUGGACCUUAUAAAAAAAUAAAAGAUUUUGUUACAUUUGUUUUUAAGAUACUUUCUAUUUUGAAAUAUUUAUUGAUAUAAAUAACUAGUUAUAUUAUUUAAAAAUGUUUGGUUGUUUAUGUUUCAUUGUAACAUUGUACAAGCACUUUGUAGUAUAUGUGUAUGUCAUAUAUAAAGAAUUUAUGCCAACAAUUUCUUAAAAAAAGUAUCUCCCUCAAUUAAUAUUACUUUAACAAAAGAAGAUAAAAGCAACAUAAAUCUAAAUGCAACUCCAUCAAGGAUCAACAACC